AUGAAGGGCUCUCUGUCCUGUCUUUGUUCAUUACCAAGACUCUCGGGUCUUUGGAAAUCCCAGAGCAGGUUCCAAGCGCAGUCGCCACAAGUCAAGGUCGGCCUCGAUUUGCUGAAUGGCUCUGUAAAGGACCUUCACAUCGAUCCGAAAGAAGUCGCAGUCAUCGCGCCCUAUGCGGCGAACGUCAAGCUCAUCAUCGAUGAGACGCAACUAUCCUUCCGUGGCCAGGAAGGUUCAAUCACACUUAAUAUCAUGGACACUGAUCAUCCUCGACCUGGGCUGGGAUUCACCCAAAACAAACAACGUUUGAACGUACUCCUUACUCGACAGAAGUGUGCUCUGUUCAUCGUCGACAACAUAAACUUCGGCGAACCUUUCCGUAAUAGCACCGAGAAGCCUCUGUUCAAGGUAGAGAACAGUGCUGGUGAGAUCUUUGUCAAGGCUUCGGCUCUUCGAUUUCCCGUAGGUUGA